GGAUGGAUAGUUAGUACUAAUGAGAGAAAUAAAAUAUUGCUUUGAAGAGAAGUGUGGCGUGACAGUGUGCCUGUAAAGCCGGAAAUAAUCCCCGUCAACGGUUUUACCCGAGUGUAGAAAACGGGAAAUGUUUUGACGCCACAACCCCUGGUGUGUGCCACCAACCAUGAGGCCCAUGAGGGUGUCAACAACACUACUGGUACUAAUGGUGUCCUAUUGUUCUGGUUCCAUCGUUUGUGAAAAGGUUAAUCUCGCAGACCUGAAAGGACAAACAAACAACCUUUGUUACAAUGAAAGAAGUAAACAGAUCAUGUGUCCUAGAAAUCAAACACUUUUGAUACAAGCGCUGUUGCAAAGAGUACACUCACCUGACGAAGAGGACCCCAGUUCCUGUAGAGAAUCAGCCCGUGAUAACUAUUAUGACAUUGGGAAAUGCCUAUUGAACACUACGGAUGUGCAGGAGAAGACGGCCUACGAGGCAGCGAUGAGGGAGGUUCUGGAGGAGUGUAGUCAGAAGAGGUACUGCAUCCUGGAGAGUGACAAGACGUCCUCUAUCCAUGGACUCAAGGACCUUCCAGUCGGAGAGGGGAACAGACACCCGUCACACCUGGUGGUAAUGAAUCAGUGUGUUAAAGAACAAGUCGCCAGCGUCGUAUUGUGCGACAGUGAGACACAGACAGAGAACGAGGUCUACAUCAGCAGCAACCCACUGAGGAUGUCAGCUCUGGGAACAAGCACCUGUACCUGUACAGUCAGUGGAGCAGCGAGCCAGGUCACCCUACUGGACAUGAGACUGGGCAACAGCAACCGGACCAGACUGACCAUCAGGGACAGGACACGGUCAGUGUACACAGCCCACGGUGGUCAGCAGACACUCCACUUCAUGGAGGACAUAAGGAUGAGGCAGUCGGAGUGGAGUCUACACAUGGAUGUUGUCCCAGACCAUCUCCCUGACAAGAUAUGGAUGAGAGUGAAAGGCUCCAUCGUUUGUGAAAAGGUUAAUCUCGCAGACCUGAAAGGAAAAACAAACAACCUUUGUUACAAUGAAGAAAGUAAACAGAUCAAGUGUCCUAGAAAUCAGAGACUUUUGAUACAGGCGCUGUUGCAAAGAGUACACUCACCUGAGGAAGAGGACCCCAGUUCCUGUAGCAAAUCCUUCAGUGAUAACUUUUAUGACAUUGGAAGAUGCCUAUUAAACACUUCGGAUGUGCAGGAGAAGACGGCCUAUGAGGCAGCGAUAAGGGAGGUUCUGGAGGAGUGUAGUCAGAAGAGGUACUGCAUCCUGGAGAGUGACAAGACGUCCUCUAUCCAUGGUCUCAAGGACCUUCCAGUCGGAGAGGAGAACAGACACCCGUCACACCUGGUGGUAAUGAAUCAGUGUGUUAAAGAACAAGUCGCCAGCGUCGUAUUGUGUGACAGUGAGACACAGACAGACAACGAGGUCUACAUCAGCAGCAACCUACUGAGGAUGUCAGCUCUAGGAACAAGCACCUGCACCUGUACAGUCAGUGGAGCAGCGAGCCAGGUCACCCUACUGGACGUGAGACUGGGCAACAGCAACCGGACCAGACUGACCAUCUGGGACAGGACACGGUCAGUGUACACAGCCCACGGUGGUCAGCAAACACUCCACUUCAUGGAGCAGAUUAAGAUGAGGCAGUCAGAGUGGAGUCUACAAGUGGAUGUUGUCCAAGACCAUCUCCCUGACAAGAUAUGGAUGAGAGUGCAAGGAAACAACAACAGUACUAAAGUCACAGUCACAUGUGAGGAUCCAAGUGCAGCGAAACAGCUGCAGGCCCCAGAUCAGCUGGAAACAGACUUGAAAAUUAUAUUCCUUGUUGUUGGCUUUGUGCUGGUGGCUCCGUGUUGGGAUUAUCUCAAUAUUUUGUAUGAAAAGGAAACGAGGAAGUCCACUCUCUGUUUCCACCUUCCCCACGGUUUACCCCUUGAAGGAAUGACGCCGUUGAGCCAAUCUAUUCCUUACCCCAUCAACAUCGUGGAGACGGCACCCUCCUCGCCAGCUUCCUCAACCAAGAGCCAGGGGACCAGGGCCAGCUGCAGGAAGGAUCCUGACAACCCCAUGUCACUGUCAAACCUAACCAUCGACCACCAGAACAAGCCUCGCCAACACGGGAACAUUGAACUAAGAUAGCAACAACCCCAUGUCACUGCCAAACCCAACCAUCGACCAGAACAAGCUUCCAGCCAACACAGACCCAGGGAACAUUGAACUAAGAUAGCAACAACUACGAUAUCUUAAAACAGAUAAGGUAUUUAGAAAUGAAUGCCCAGGAAGUGAAAAUGUAUAACCGAUUUGUUUAUCCGCUGGCAGCAUAUUCCACAUGGACUGUCUGGGUCCCUUUAUGUAUCAAUAUUGGAAAUGAGCACAAAUUACCAUCUUUCGUGAUUGGCAGGUGGUAUCA